GCUCAUCGCGCGAUCGCAAAAAACAACGAACGAACCGGGUCCGCUGGGCACCCGAAACAACGAGCGCCAUCGGAAUGCCGAAACGGUGGAAUUCUGCUUCUCUGCCAAACUAAAUGAGUGCUGGCUUCGUUCUGAUUUCUUCCCUGCAACAAGAACUCGUUCUAUUCUAGAGCCCGGUUUAAUGGCAAAGUGCUGACUAAGAUUAGAACAGUUUGUUGUCGUUUUGGCAUCGCCAUUGCCGGUUCGUGUGUGGGACACGGCUGAAUUGCUCCAAUUCCCGUUUUUGGUCAACAAAAAAACUCUGAUCCACAGAAGCAGUCUACUACCGUGUGCAUCAGUUUAGCUUCAGCACCGAAGUUUUCGAAGUUUCAACAAUGAAAAAUGAAACGAAAUCGAACAUUGUGUACCCAAAUAAGUUUAUAUUAAGUUAUUAAAAAUUAAAGAGGAAUCACGCCAAACGAAAAAGGUGAAAGUGCAAGUGCAAGUGAAGUGCAAUCGCGAAACCCGAAUUAGCCGAAAAUCAUGUGGAAUAAAUUGUUCAAAAGCAAAUCGAAAUCAUCGAAAAAUCUCUCCACUGCUAAUGGAUCUACUUCGACUAUCGGAUCUCCGUCGACGACGACGACGACGACGCCGGCGAGGUAUGAUCCGGUGGAGUAUCUGAACGAUAACAGCAGCCGUUACUAUUUCGAAGCCUACGGGGGACCGGUAGAGUUUCGAAAUGACGCUGCUAGCCGCCAGGACGCGGGCCAUCGGGAUUCGAUCGGAGCGCAGAUGUGCGGAAUUCCGAUGCGCAAGUCCAAAAUCUCCAGUGCCUUCAAGAGUCUUAGCUUGCGCCGUGGUAGCAGCAAAAAUCAGCUGAAACUGUACCGCGGGACGGGGGCGGACGUUCCGGUUGGUGCCGACGAAAUCGAGAUUAGCGCCAGCAGCAAGCGGGCCUCGUUACGACCGUCUAAAUCAGACAACAACCUGAACGAAAAGCAGCAGUACGCAGAUCAAGAGAAGGAUAACCUCGAGGAGGACGCGUACAACAACAACAACCACCAAAACAACAAUAACAGCAACAACGAACCGGUCCUGGAUCCGUUCCUGCAGAUACCCGCGGACCCACCACCGGACCUGGAAUUGCGGCAAUGUCCCAUCUGUUCGCGCAACUUCGUACCGCCAUCGUUAGCCAAACACAUCAGCAUUUGUGAGCGAAUGCAAACGAAAAAGCGCAAACCCUUCGAUUCGUCCCGCCAGCGGCGCGAAGGUACCGAGCUGGCCUCGUACCUACCGAAGAACUUCGGACUGCCCCAGAAUCACCCGCAGGCCAGAGUUUCACCGCCAAAAACGACCAACCCCGUUCGAAAGCUGAGUACAAGUAAAACACCAACCCCGGAGCGUAAGGACUACGGCGGUGGCGUCAACAGCAACAUGAUGUCCCGGUCGCAAACCCUGACGACCAGUGACGGCGUUCAGCACCAGCAUGCAGCGGAACUGAAAUCUCCUCGACCCGUCCUGAAGCGUAGUUUGUCGCAGCAAAAUGAACCCUGUCCCUACUGCGAGCGCUGUUUCGGCUUCAAAGCGUACGAUCGACACGUCGAAUGGUGCCGCGAGAAGGCACUGCUCAGCAAAAACAUCAACAACAGCCAGACGAUUUCCGCUGCCAAAGAAAGGCUAAACGCGCGGAUACAGUACAAGGCACCGCAGAUCAGGUCGAAACGUGCCUUAAACCGGGAGAAAUACUCAGGCAGUCUUAGCUGUGGUGGCUCCACCAAUAGUCUCGCAGAUCUGGACCUGCCGCUACCAAGGCAUCGCAGUCACCUCAACUCGAUGAGUUCUUCCAUUUCCAGUGAUAAUGGUUACACUCCGGACCGUUAUGAUCCGUUUCUGUCCGCUAAGAGACAACUGGAGGAACUAUUUUCACCAACGUCUAGCUACAGUACUUCAACGCCACGACAACAAACCUCCAACUAUCGUGCGACAACUCCUGUGACACCCACUGCUGCCAUGAGUAAAUCGGUAGUUACGCCGACGAGUAAAACAUCCCCCCUAAUAAACUCGAACUUUCGACGUGCCUCGUCUUUGCGAAUGCCUCGCAAAGUUUCACGGCCAAUGUAUAUAGAGAAGGCAAAAUCGAAUAUUCAGAAGGGAAUCACUGAUGACGGACCAGUAUCUCCAAAUUUCCUCAAAUCCUCCGAAUACGAUGAAAUACCGAUUAAAUCUGCUUUUAAUGCGCUGCAAAUGGCUGAAAAGCCCAAGAUGAGAGAUUCAAGCGCCACACGAAAGAACUUAAAGCUCGAUAUCAAAGAUCCAAAUCUUCCCGCAACGGAUAUUCCGCUGUCGAAGACAGACUCGCUGGCUGCAUUCCUGAAGUACGAACACGAACUUGCUCUGGCUGCCAUGACCGAAAAAGACAAGAAAGACAAAAGCAACAGUUUAAGCAAACGAUCCUCCUCGCUUAGUGGCCAUGACCGAAAGGAACCUGUGCAGUGUGAAGGCGUUGCACCUAUUAAAGAAUUCAAAAUUGAGCGUUCACAGCGGGAAGAGAAAGAGAAAUGCGAAAAAAUCCUUCAGGAUAUGCAAUCUUUAAAGAAACAACCGCAAAAAUUGGUGCCCAUCAAGCUAGAGCCUAUUAACAUAACCUACAACAGUAACAUUGUCAGCAACAAUUUGAACUGUAGUGGUAGUGGUAGUAAUCAUAACGAUAGUAACAACAAAAAUAAUACUAAUCCUAGCAAGCCAACCGUAAUCUCCUUGGAUACAAUCCUAGGCAAAAGUAACAAACCGAAAAUUAUUCCUGUGAAUGAUAAAGAGAAUCAGAAGGAUUCGAACUACAUCAAUCCACAAUUGAUCAACAAAUGCGAUAAUCUUCCCAUGAAGGCUGCUGCCAAAAUUUCCGUUCCGGAAAUUAAACCCGUUAUAAAACCAUUAGAAACACAAAAGCCGCCACUGAUUCGUGCAACGGAGCGUUCCAACAGCUCUCCGGAAUCAACUGGCGGAGGCAAAGGCAGCGGUGGCGUAGCACAACCGGAGGUUGAUAACCGACUAAAAGACCACAACAGUACGAACAGUGACACAAGCGACGACCGGCGACCCGCGCUGACCAGACAGAAUGGCACCAGUGCUAGUGCUAGUGCUAGUAGUAACAGUAGCAGUAGGGACGCUAGUCGUGAGGAAAGCCCCGACGACCCCCAGCCCCAACGUAGUGUAGUAGCCCGAAACCAAAGUCACAACGACGAUGCCAAACCUCAAACACCUGACCUGCCGUCGUCACCGACGGCGAUUCCGAAAGUGUCCACCCCGAUUGCGGUGGUGCAGAAAAAACCCGAACGACCUCCACUUCCAUCGUUUGAUGAUUUUGACUUUGACAAAUUCAUAUCCUCAUUUGAGGAAGAACGACGCUCCUUCAAAAAUGCCUUCUACUCUCAUAGUCCAAUCCCAAAUGGCAGAAACAACAGCAGUGGUAGCUUUAGCAGUAGAACAUACUAUCAACCUACCUACAAUGUAGACAACAAAGAUAGUCCAUCUAGUGUGAAGAGUGUUGCUAGUUCGAACGGUAGUAAUAGUUGUAGCAGUAGUAAUAAUCCUAGCCAUGUCACCUCCCCUAACAGCCAUACUCAUCACAAAAGUUUCGAUAACCACGUUAGAUCUGAAGAGGUUCCCAAACGCCAUACGACGACGACACAGCAACAACAGAGACCGCAGCAGCAAUCCCAGGAAUCACCUCGAGUGCCUCCUCGGCGCAAUCUGGGAGACCCGGCGAGCUCCACAAUCCGAAAUCUGCCCAGUUUGCCGGUGAACAACAGUUUUACUUCAGCGGAAUCUCCUCUGGCAAAUCCGAUGUCGCCUUCGGCGCUCCGAAUUGAGGCGUUAACUAAUUAUGGCUUUCCUAAUGACACCAUUAACAACAACACCAACAUCAAUGGCAGUCCGCUCGCCAGAAAUAGUCCAUCAGCAACGCGCUUUGGUAAUAGUGGUAAUAGUUUUAACCCUCAUCCACCAAACGCCAUGCACCAGCCAUAUCAACAACCAUUGCAAGUGAACAACAAUAACAAUAGCAGCUGUAGCCCGGUACCAACACGCCUCGUGCCGCAGCCGUACGCAUCGACGCCAUCACCACUGUUCGAUCACUCAGCCCGGCACCAGUCUCCGUUCGGUACAAAUGGGCUUGGUAGCGUCGGCAGUGCUACCGAUGGUGGCAAGAGUGGCGGUGGAGGUGGUAUAACGUUCGACGACCUAUCCCCGACGGAAAGGGACCUCAUGAAGAGCGUCCAGGAGCUGGAUCGAAUGUGCGAAUCGUCUUCGUCGAUGUACCCGGCCGACUCGGACGAGGUUUCCAGUGUGGAAGGUUAUCCCCUAUCCAACUCAUCCAGGGAUCAUCAAACCGUCGGUAGACAUCAUCACCAGCGGGCCACCGCGGAAGCGUCUAAAUUCAGUGCCGAUUCAGCCUACGGCAGCAGCUUGUCCCGCCAGUCGCCACCUUUGGAUCAGCAGCAGCAACAUCACACAAUCCGGCGGACAUAUCACCAACGCGGGAGUGGUAAAUCCACCACCAGUGCCGCCACCGCCGGUGGUGGCACCGGCUCAAGUCAGCAGGAUGCGUUCGACAACUCGAGCGGUUCCGAAUCGUCCCUGCCACCGAUCACCGCGCCGCUGAAAACGCAGAAAAUCGAACUGAUUCCGCACCACAGAGAGCUGCAAAAGAUGACGAACGGGCAAAUGGGAAAUGGCGGCGGCAGCAAUCCCAUGUCCAAGUUCUGUCACGAGUGCGGCUCGCGCUUCAUGAUCAAUACCGCCAAGUUCUGCAUGGAGUGUGGCAUUCGGAGGAUUAUGUUGGAUUAAUCUUCCCGGAGAUUUGUGUCACGCACAUUAUUUUAUUCCCCGCGUUGGUUUGCUUGACUACUGUUUAGAUUACGUAAACAAUAAAAUUCUAGUGAACGACCUUUUCUCAUCCGGUUCCGUUAGACUCGGUAUCUAACUUUCUUACGUUUUUGUAUUGUUAUUUUUUUCUACAUAAUUAAGUUACCAAAUCUAUCGUAUUUAACAGCAUGGUAUAGCGAUUCGAACAAACGAAAUAUAAAAAACAUAUUAACAAAGACUGAAUCCGUAAGUAUCAAAAAAAAGUGGAGCCUGUUACACGAACAAAAAAACACUAACCAAUAAAUAGCACUUAACUAAACACUUUCAAAGACAUUCUAAUAAAUACAUCCUCCAAUUAGGCGAAGAUGAAUAGUAAAAACAAAUAACGUGCCCAGUAAAUUGCCCAUAAUUUGACUUUAUCUAUAGUAUAGUAGAGCUAAUCAAUUGUCUCUUCUCGCUUGAUUAUACCUAAUAUUAUGUUGCUUAAAUUGUUAUCCUGCAAACCUAAGAAUCGAACAUCUUCGACGGUAGGUUUGUUUUUCGAUAAACCGAAGCAACCGAACCCUGUGCAAGUGCUGUAAGUGUAGAAUGACGAGCAAAACCCCCCCUAGUGUUUAACGAUGCAUUUUAACACAACUGUCCAGUUUGAUAAAAAUCAG